AAAUAGACAUUUCUCGGUGAUUUUCCAGAUAUUGUAUCGAUUUCCAAUUUAUUUGAACCCCAGCGACCGAAAGCGGAAUAGAAUAAAGUAUUAGAGCAGUGACUUUGAACAAAUUAAGGUCAGUUAUAUACUGUGCUACAGUGAAAUGCAGUAAAGUGUUUUAUGACAUCGUUUUGUGCCAGAUUCACUGCCAUUAAAUUUACACAAAAUACAAUUAUACUGUGCUCAAUUUUUUUCGUAAAUAUUACAGCUUCCGUCCAUGGGCGGCCAAAGAAGCUAGUAAAGUAAAUCAUUUGAGUAUGAUUACGUUGGCUGUAGGUACAGAAGCCCUGCUUUGAUACAAACGUUCUAACAUGGAUUGGUUGCAAUGAUCACAUGCCUAUCAACCCAAAUUGAGUAAAAACGCAUGUUUUGUCUAUUUCUUUGUAUUUCUCCCUUAUGAUGGGACUUUGUAGGAUUAACUUUGAGAUUUAUGAGGGCACGGGCUGACCAAUGAGGUCUGAAUUGGUUUGUAAUAAGGUAGGCACUGAUAAGGGGUUGACAGGUAUGUGAUCAUCGGCUUUUUCAGUUCCAUGUCUGAAAAAACCCACAAGUGGCUGUCCAGCAUUGACACACAUUCUGAGCGAGCGGGAGCCCAGUCGUUUGCACCAUCACUUGAAGUUGCCCCAUGAUGUUAAACUUAAUGCCAUUUUUUUAAAUUUCAGGUCAACAUGUCUGUCAAUAUUGAAGAUAUUGAUGAAGAAUAUUUCUCCAGGCAGUUGUACGUGCUGGGGCACGAGGCCACGCGGCGGAUACAGGAGGCCCAUGUGCUCGUGAGCGGGAUGCAUGGCCUCGGACUGGAGGUCGCUAAGAACGUGGUGCUGGUCGGUGUAGGGACGGUGACGGUGCACGACACGCAGCCACUCGCCAGGAGAGACCUCUCCUCACAGUUUUAUGGACGGGAGGAAGAUCUGAAAAGGAAUCGUGCUCAGCUGUCCCAGUCCCACUUGAAGCAGCUGAACGAGUUUGUGCGUGUGUCGGAUUACAGCGACUCGCUCACGGAGGAGUUUCUCUCGCAGUUCCAGGUCGUGGUUCUCACCAACUCCUCCUUGAGUGAGCAGCUUCGUAUUGGGAGCUUCUGUCGCGCCCAUGGCAUCAAACUCAUCAUCGCGAGCACCCGUGGCCUGUUCGGGCAAAUAUUUUGUGAUUUUGGAGAUGAAUUUGUUGUGGUGGACCCAACUGGAAAGACUAUCACCUCCACCGUCACAUCCAUCAGCAAGGAGAGCCUUGGUGUGGUGACGUGUGCGGAGGCUGAGGGCCACGAUUUUGAGAACGGGGACCUGGUGGUGUUCUCCGGCGUGCGAGGCAUGACGGAGCUCAACCGCUGCCGACCCCGCACUGUUACGGUCAUCGAUGACAAAUCCUUCAGUGUUGGAGACACCAGCAACCUGUCCGACUAUACCGAAGGAGGGGAAGCAAUCAAGGUUAACAUUCCACAGACCAUCAAGUUUUUGCCUUUGCAAGAAGCUCUGGUGAGGCCCAGGUUUCAGGAGGGAUGCGACCAGACUGUGGCCCUCACCCUGCACAAAGCUUUCCAGGCCCUGCACAGGUUUCAGCAAAAGCAGAACCGUUCGCCACGCCCGCACAACCAGGCUGACGCGGACGAGGUUGUGAAGGAGAGUGCAGAGGUGGAGCUGGGGGUGGAGGUGGGGGUGGAGCUCCAGGAGGGGCUGGUGCGACGACUGGCGUUCACGGCCCAGGGAGACCUGGCUCCUCUCAACAGCUUCAUCGGUGGGGUCGCCGCGCAGGAGGUCAUCAAGGCCUGCACGGGCUCUUUCAUGCCGCUCAAUCAGUGGAUGUAUUACUCGGCGGCAAAGUGCCUUCCCGAUGAGUGUGCGGGCACCGUGGACAUGGAGGAGGCCUGCAAACCGACGGACAGCCGCUAUGAUGGCCAAAUCGCUGUGUUUGGAAAGAAAUUCCAGGAAAAACUUGCUUCCCUUAAGUACUUCUUGGUGGGUGCUGGGGCCAUUGGCUGCGAGCUGCUGAAGAACUUUGCGAUGAUGGGACUGGGUGAGGUGACUGUGACCGACAUGGACAACAUCGAGAGAUCCAACCUGCAUCGCCAGUUCCUCUUCCGGCCUGGAGAUGUCAAGAAGCCAAAGUCGGAGGUGGCGGCGCGCGCCGCUAGCGAGAUGAACCCCGAUGUGCGCAUCACCCCGCACAGGCUCAGCGUCGGUCCGGCAUCGGAAUCCGUUUUUGGCAAGAGCUUCUUUGACGAGCUGGAUGGCGUGGCGACCGCCCUGGACAAUUUCGAAGCACGAGAGUACGUGGACAGGCAGUGCGUGAAUCACCGCAAGCCUCUGCUGGAAAGUGGCACGGAGGGGCUGGAGGGCAGCGUGCAUGUGGUGGUGCCAUUCCUCACGCAGUCCUACGGCUGCGUCGCUAACCCGAGGAAGAAAACCAUCCCUUUGUGCAGCGUGCGCAGCAACCCCAGCACCACCGCGCACACUCUGCAGUGGGCGAAGGAGGAGUUUGAGGAGCUGUUUGCGGUCCAAGUGAAACGUGCCAAGGAAUGCGUCCAAAGUGUGCAGGCUCUUGGGGAGAGGGUACAUUCCCUUUCACUUGGGCAGGCGAGUGGAGGCGACGCCGGCCUGGAGGGGUGUGUGGCGUGGGCUCGGCAUCGCUGGCUACAAUGCUACCACGACCACCGGAUACCGGCGCCGCCGCCAGCGACGAUGACGCAAACCUCUUCCAGCAUACGCAGCCCCAAGCGUCUGGAGUUCAGCAACACAAAUGCCCUGCACGUGGACUACGUGGCGGCAGCAGCGAAGCUUUACGCUCGUGCGUACGGGUUUCCGGCGCCGACGGACCGGGCCUCUGUGGAGCGAGUUCUGCAGGAGGACGGAUCGGCGUCUGAGGAGGGGCUUGGCGCUGAGUUGCCAACCCAUGAAUCUCUGGGACAGCUCGGCAUUCAACCACUCGUGUUUGACAAGGAUGACGAUGAUCACAUGAACUUCAUUGUUGCUGCUUCCAACCUAAGAGCCGAGACAUAUGGAAUCUCCCCAGCGGACAAACACAAGAGCAAGAAGAUCGUCGGCAACAUCAUCCCCGCCAUUGCCACAUGCACGGCGGCCGUGGCGGGGCUGGUAUGCCUGCAGCUGUACGCGGUGGCACAGGCACGCGGGGACAAAAGAGACUUCCACAACGCGUUCGUUGACCUGGGGAGGUGCAAAUUCUCGAUGGUCAAUCCUGCAGGACCCACAGCUCACCAGUAUCUCAAUAAAGAGUGGAAUGUGUGGGAUCGGAUCGAGGUGGAUGGGCGACAGGACAUGACCCUACAGCAGUUCCUGGAUCACAUGAAGGCGGAGCACGAGUUGGUGGUGACAAUUGCGCUCUGCUCUGGACGGUUGCUUUACCCGCCGUUGAACGACGAUAACCUCUCAAAACCGCUUUCUCAAAUGCUGCCAAUGCCGGAGGAGCCCGGUGUGGGAUACUUGGAGCUCAUGGUGGCUUGUCACGGCAUCGACAGUGAACAGGAACUAGACGUGCCACCCAUCAAAUACAUCUUAGCCUGAGCUCAUCAGAUGCGCAGGAGUUGCGGCAAACGGACAGGACCACAGUGUGCUUGUGUACAGCGAAUGAAUGAUAGCGUCGAGCGUGGUGAGGCUGCCAGGCCUGAUACUGCACUAAAACACAUUAAAAGCACUCAAAGAAAAUGUUUUUUUGCUGUAAAUUUAACGAAAUGUAAAAUUGUGCACUUUUGUUAUAAUCGUAACAUAAAAAUGUGGGGUGCAUUACAACAAACAUCGCCUACGAAGGUUUAAUGUUUGCGAAGUACAACACAAGUACAUUGAUUACCAAAAUAAAUUUGAAAAUACA